CCUCCUCCUCCUCCUGCCUCAAGACUGGGCUGGGUUUGGAGCAGAGGGAAGAAAAGGCGGCGCACGGGGGGAUCGCGGCUCCUUUCUCAUCCUUGCGAUUUUUUUGGGGUGGGUGGGUGUGCAAGCGACACCGUUUCACGGUUGCUUUUGCAAUAUAUAUAUACUGCAUCUAUAGUUUUAAAUAUUAUUUCUUGCAAGGAAGACAAGCGCAGCACUGUUUACGUACCCUUUUCAAAAAUACGAAUAACAAUAUUGCAAUUUUAAAGCAAACAAGCGCUUUUCGGGGGGGGCAACUAACAGAAUCUGCAGAAAGUAGGGGUUUUAUUUAUUACUGUUUUUUUUAAAAGAAAGGUUGCGUGGGACUUUGUUUCCCCGAGAUGUCUUACCAAGGAAAGAAAAAUAUUCCACGCAUCACGAGUGAUCGUCUUUUGAUCAAGGGUGGCAAAAUUGUUAAUGAUGACCAAUCUUUCUAUGCAGACAUUUACAUGGAAGAUGGCUUGAUAAAACAAAUUGGAGAGAACCUGAUUGUGCCAGGGGGAGUGAAGACAAUUGAAGCUCAUGGGCGGAUGGUGAUCCCUGGAGGAAUUGAUGUCCACACUCGCUUCCAGAUGCCUGAGCAGGGGAUGACCUCUUCUGAUGAUUUCUUCCAAGGAACAAAAGCAGCCCUGGCUGGAGGCACCACUAUGAUAAUUGAUCACGUUGUUCCUGAGCCAGGCACCAGUUUGCUUUCUGCAUUUGACCAAUGGCGAGAGUGGGCAGACAGCAAGUCCUGCUGCGAUUACUCUUUGCAUGUGGACAUCACGGAGUGGCAUAAAGGAGUUCAGGAGGAGAUGGAAGCCUUGGUUAAGGAUCACGGAGUGAAUUCUUUCUUGGUGUAUAUGGCUUUUAAGGAUCACUUCCAACUCACAGAUUCUCAGAUAUACGAGGUCCUGAGUGUGAUCCGUGACAUUGGGGCCAUAGCCCAAGUUCAUGCUGAAAAUGGAGACAUCAUUGCUGAGGAACAGCAGAGGAUCCUGGAACUGGGCAUCACCGGCCCCGAGGGGCAUGUUUUGAGCAGGCCUGAAGAGGUGGAGGCUGAAGCUGUGAACCGGGCUAUAACCAUUGCUAACCAAACCAACUGCCCCUUAUAUGUCAGCAAGGUGAUGGGCAAAAGUGCAGCUGAAGUUAUUGCCCAGGCCAGGAAAAAGGGCACUGUGGUGUAUGGUGAGCCCAUAACAGCAAGUUUGGGCACUGAUGGGUCCCACUACUGGAGUAAAAACUGGGCCAAAGCAGCUGCUUUUGUCACCUCUCCACCCCUGAGCCCUGACCCAACUACUCCAGACUUUCUCAAUUCUCUGCUGUCCUGCGGAGAUCUCCAAGUCACCGGUAGUGGCCACUGUACCUUCAACACUGCCCAGAAAGCUGUUGGGAAGGACAACUUUACUCUGAUCCCUGAAGGAACCAAUGGAACUGAGGAAAGGAUGUCCAUCAUCUGGGAUAAAGCUGUGGUUACUGGUAAGAUGGAUGAGAACCAGUUUGUAGCUGUGACCAGCACCAACGCAGCCAAGAUCUUCAACCUCUAUCCAAGGAAGGGACGUAUAGCUGUGGGCUCUGAUGCUGACCUGGUGAUCUGGGACCCAGACAGCGUCAAGACAAUCUCAGCCAAGACUCACAACAUAGCUGUGGAGUACAAUAUCUUUGAGGGUAUGGAGUGCCGUGGGUCCCCACUGGUGGUCAUCAGCCAGGGGAAGAUCGUGCUGGAGGACAGCAACCUCCAUGUGACUGAGGGCUCUGGGCGAUACGUUGCCAGGAAGCCCUUCCCUGACUUUGUCUACAAGCGCAUCAAGGCCAGGAGCAGGUUGGCUGAGCUGAGGGGUGUUCCUCGUGGCCUGUAUGAUGGCCCAGUCUGUGAAGUGUCAGUGACCCCGAAAACUGUCACACCGGCAUCCUCAGCCAAGACGUCUCCAGCGAAGCAGCAGGCCCCGCCUGUUAGGAACCUGCACCAGUCCGGAUUUAGCUUGUCUGGUACAUACCUAUGUGCACAGAUUGACGAUAAUAUUCCACGCCGCACUACGCAGCGCAUAGUGGCGCCUCCUGGUGGCCGUGCCAAUAUCACCAGCUUGGGUUAAAAAAAGAGCAAUGAAAGGGGAAAAAACAUGACCGUUUAGCGGAUCAUGGGAGAGGGUGGGGCACUUGAAGACCCUUUUUUAUUAUUAUUUUAGAGCCUGUGAUGGUUACUGCGGGCAACCAAUGGGUAAGGCCUAGUUAAGGCUGUUGUUCCCCAGCCCCUUUGUUGUCAAUCUCCCCCCCCCCCCAAUCUUCACAGAACCUAUUCAUUCCUCCCCCUUCUUAUACAUUUGGGAAACUCCCCCUCCCCCAUUUUGACACAUGGGGGAUGCAGAAAAAAGGAGUAAAUCAUUGAAGAGUAGAACUUGUGACUUAUAUCACCAUUAACACCAUUUUUUCUUUUUGUUGUUCUUUUAAAAAAGGAAGGAAAAAGUGAAUUUCCCAGGAGCUGCUUUUUAUUUUACUUUUUAUAUAAAUGAAGGUUUAGGUUUAACUAUUGGAAAGAGGAAUAGGGGGAAAAAUGAGGUUUUAAACUGGAUGUUUUAGAAACUGGACUUGCAGCCCUGCAUCUUAAAAAAAUGUGGGAGUCACGAUUUCCCUAGGACCAAAUCUGUAUCCACCCCCCUUUCCAAUUAGAGGAAGGUAGAAGUUGUGCUGCUAAGGUUUCAGGUAUUAUGGUGCUGGGAGGAUGUAGCCCAUCUUGUUCUUGGGUUUUAAUGCUCUAAUCCCAUCUCGGAAUUGAAGGAUCAUUUGUUCAUCCAUUUCCUUGUUUUAAUAGAUGUUUUUGUGUGUGUGUGUGAGAGAGAGAGAGAGAGAGAGGGCAUGUGUGCUUGCUGUUAUGUUUUGAGAUGCCUUAUUUUGAAAUUAAGCUCAUCCUUGUCUUUCUGAGCCACAUGAGGUCCAGGGUCCUUCUAACAACUUACGGUCAUCCUGCCACAGGUAUCUGUAUGUCAGAUAAUUCACUUGAUUCUUGGGCCAGCUCCACCUUGAUUUGUUGGGUGUCCAAGCAGCAUCGUUAACUGGUUUUCCAUUCUCCUUUUCCUAAGGGUGUCAGAUUCUGCAUAAAGUAUGUCACCUUUUAUUGGAGCCAUUGCAUGUCUAUCCGUUGGAGAACUUUCUAAACACCAGCUCUUUAUCCAUUGGGUUCAGAACUAAAAUCAGGAGAUCUAGCUAGGAAUCAUGCUGCCAAAUGACCCAUUUCCUUAAAAAACAAAAACCCAGCAUCUCCUGACUUCAGUAGAACUUGGAGAGCAAUGGGAAUCUCUUUUAAAACUAGUCUAGUCCAAUGGUUUACAAACUUCUUUCUCUGGGACACACUUUCAGAAUAAAAAUUUGCUCGUGCCACACCAAUUUCUUUAUUGAUAAGAAAUGGAUUGGACAACAAAAAGAAACAAGUCCUAGCAGUGCUUGAUUCAUAACGUAGAACACAACUACUGUACUUUAGAAUAUGAUAUUGGAACAUCCAGAAAGUAUAAAACAAUGCAGCUACAUAAGAACUUGAACCAUUCCCAAAAUAUAAUGAUAAAUAAGCCUCAUAACAUAUGUAUCUUAAGUAUGUAUGCUUACACAUCAGUGAGUGGCGUGAGCUUGCUCAUGUGGAGAACUGUAGAAGAAUAGCCAAUGCUCUUGAAGAGAGGCAUGGAUACGGUUUGUGGUUGUACAGUAUAUCCAUUCUACACCGAAAUGUUUCAAUGGUUCUUUGAUUGUCCUUGAAUCCUCUCCUGCCACACCCUUUGAGAACCACUCGUCUGGUCUUAUCAUGGAUGCACCACCAGGGGCAUAACUGCCUGGAUUCCUCACCACCUCCUGUGGAAACACUGUGCCAGUCUCUUCCACCACCCUUCCUCCCUUGCCCAUCAACCCCCUUUGCCCCAUGCCACCUCCCAUGCCCCCAUCCACCCUUGCCUUCUCCACAGUCAAGGCUUGCAGUCUUAUAGGUGGGGUUGCUUGAGUAGAUGAGAGACUGAGCAAGUACGUGGGCUGCACAUAAGACUCUUGGUUCCUUGGGCUGCCUUGGAACAUUGCCCCUGCACAUGAGAGCCUGUGUUGUACCCGAUGGCAACCGUCCUGCCAUCGUGCUUGCAGCAGGACUGGGUUAGCCUGGAGCUGAAUCUAAUGUGCAGUGUCUGUGUACUGACCCUUAAAUCGCUUGUGCCAAUUUAGGUUGCUGCAUUCUACCAAGUUGAUAAUGUGCUAAGUUGCACUUCAGUCAUUCCUCCCUUUUUUGGUGCACCACUGUGUAGAGGCAUUUCAUUAGACCUAUGGGGAAUCUGAAGUCAGCCUGACACCCUUUAAAAUGUGGAUUGAGCUGCAGGGUCUGUGUGCAUGGAAGCAGAUUACACAUUGUGGGGCCAAUCACACGCUUUCCCCCCACCCCCUUAUUAGAAAAGGUUUCCCCAAGUACAGCCCACACAGAUUCCGGUUCCUGAGUGUCCAUGUGGAGGUGCCACAGGAUCAGGCCUGGUAAAGAACAUAUGGAAAUGCUGCGUAGAACCUUACAAGAAGUUCUUAAUUGUGAAGGCAGCAUAACCUCAUUUUCUUCAUUCACUCAUUUCAAUUGAUUUUAAAUUGAUACUUUGCCACACAUUCCCCCUGUUUUUUAAAAACAACAACAACAACAAACUACAGUGGUACCUCGGUUUACAAACACAAUUGGUUCCGGAAGUCUGUACUUAACCUGAAGCGAACUUUCCCAUUGAAAGUAAUGGAAAGUGGAUUAAUCCGUUCCAGACGGUCCGUGGAGUACUUAAACUGAAAAUACUCAAACCGAGGCAUACUUAAACCGAGGUAUGACUGUACUUUUAAAAACCCUAACAUCUGUAUAUUUGCUGAUUCUUUGAAAGGAAAAGUAGAAUAUAGCCAGGUCAAUGUGUUUUGUCUUUCAAAGUACAACAAGUGAUGGAGUUGUGAUCUACAAAACUGGCUCCACAGCCCGUUCCUCAAAACAGAUCUGCCACACUAAAGCCAAUUUCUUUGACUGGUGUGAAAAAUGGGAGCAGCAGGCUCAUUGGAAUCUGGGAGAGGGGCUAGGAGAUUGCAGAGAUGACUAUCCCUACAAACUGAACUCCCUCAUCUCCCACCACUGUAGUUAACGCCUACAUUUGCCCCUUGCUGAUCCUUUCUGGAGCCACACACCCAGGAAGGAGGGUGUGUGGAUUUCUAGUGCUGCCUAGUGUACCCUGCUGCACUGGGCAGGGGGCGGGGGAUGAGCCUUGAGUCCUGGGCAUUGGUUCCCAAGCAAUGGGCCUGCUGGGCCUAUGCCUGACAUCACACACCUCACCCCCUGUAUAUUUGCCAGGGUAUUUACAGCUCUGAAGACACAAGAGGCAUGAUUGCUGGGGACAAUGGGCACAUUCACAUUCCCCCCUCCUUCACAUGUUGAGCUUACAUGGGUGGGGGGGUUCACAUGUUAUACGAUCUGUGCACACAAAAUAUAUUACCCUGAAGACAGUUGCAAAGUAUCGUGCAAGUGUUUGCUUGAAUGAAUGUAUGCUUGAUUGUGCAUCGAAUACUACUUGUGAACGAGUGCACAGCUCAGCUCUUUGUCUACAGAGACCACACAUUAUAUUCAAUGAGUGCACCAACACCCCUUUCUAGUGGAGCUGUGGUCUUCUGUAGGUGUGUAGUCAACAAGUGUGUAGUUUGCACAGUCAGUCAGCAACAGAUGCACCCACCUUGCACACAGCUUGUACCUGUGUUUAGUGUAAUGUGUGAACAAGCCUAAGGUAAGGCUCAACUGGACUUCAGUGUAGGACGCUUUCUGUAUUCUAGGCUGUGCACUAUGCAACUCAGCCAGGAGUAGUAAAAACCUGCCAGUCACAGAUGCUGAAAGGCAGUCGAGGCUUGAACUGAGUUUCCCCUUUCUCACCCUUUCACCCACAACUGAUGGCUGUUCAUCAUUCCAGACAGUUUCAUUUGUUGUUUUGGCUCUGUUUUGUUUGCUUCAGAGAUUGCACUUUUUAUUAAAUAAUUAAAAAAUAUUUAGUUAAGGGUAAUAUAUAUAUUUGCAGCUUUUUAAUUUUUCCUCCUCUCCACUUACGCUUUGAUGAAUUUAAACAAAGUUCUGUUUCGGGAAGGGGGAGGGGGGAAGUGACCAUGGGUUGUAUCCAAUGUCAGUUCUGAUCAGAGUAGGCUCAUUGAAAUUAAUAGACAUGGCUAACUUAGAUCAAUUAGGUUCAAUGAGUGUGCCUUGAGUAGAGGUUAGUUGGAUGCAACCCCAUGUUUCAGUUAUACGAAACAUGUGCAGCUCUUUGUGAUUCACUUGAGUCUUCCUUUCCCCCCUCGUGUUCAUUAUUUUGUUCUUGGACCAUUGUGUGUAUUUUUUUAAGGGGGGAAGGGAAUAAAGGAUUUGUUAAAAAAUAAAACUUUGCAGGCUAUGUAAGCAUGUUUUAUUCCUGUGGGAGCUUGCUCGCUUUGUGUGUCUGUUUCAUGAAUGUCAUAUGUAAAUGCUUAAAGGAAAUGACAUUGAACUUGGAAUUAAUUUGCCGCAGUGACUUGAUGCUCUAAAGAAAAAGGAAAAUAAUGAUAAUAAUUUUAAAAAAAUUUAAACCAUGUAGAAUUUACUACUAGAUGGAUUUUAACCCUUGGAUUUGUGCUUGUGAACAUGAGUGAAGGAGCUGUAAGUGAAUAAGCUGAUCAUGUGCGUAGACAAAAGGAGUACUGAUAAAAUUUGACCAUUCUCUCAAUGGCAUAAAAUGAGUCUUGUGUUUUUUCUUCCUUACGAACUCUGUGUUAUAUUACCAUGGGAACUCCUAAUAAAGACAAAACGUUGUUGUUUCAGUCAGCGUCUCCUUGUGUCUUGGUGGUCUUCCGUUUGGUUCUUUUAUGUUUGUGCUAAUUGCAAUCUAGUGAGGUCCAUGUUGCUUCAUGGCAACUUGGAUGGCUUUAAAGCACAAGGACAGUAGUUCAAGUAGUAAAAGCAUCUGCUUUGUACACAGAAGGUCCUGGGUUCCAUCCCUGGCGUGUCCAAGUAGGACCAGGAGAGACUCCUUUCUGAAACACUGGAGAGCCGCUAGAAGUCUCUGUAGACAACAAUGAGUUGGAAGGACCAAUGGUGUGACUUAUUGCUAUUUUUCUAGGAAAAAAAGGUGCUGGAACUCACAGUGAACUCCUUCCUUGGCAAUGGUGCCCACCUGAGAUGUCGGAACCCAUCUGAGAAGUGCUGGAAU